CCGACGAAUUGCAGAUCUAUUCGGAGUGACCUCUCUGCUUUGCGCAACAAGGUCUCAAAAUGCCCUCCACUUACAAGAGAGACAAGCCGUGGGAUACGGAUGAUAUUGACAAAUGGAAGGUCGAACCCUUCAAGGCCGAAGACAACGUCGCCGGUAGCUUCGCCGAGGAGUCUUCCUUUGCAACUCUGUUCCCCAAGUACCGCGAGCAAUACCUCAAAGAGGCCUGGCCCCUGGUGACGAGAUCGCUGGAGAAAUAUGGCAUUGCUUGCACUCUCGAUUUGGUUGAGGGUAGUAUGACAGUCAAGACGACGCGGAAGACGUUCGAUCCCGCUGCGAUUCUCAAGGCGCGCGACCUCAUCAAGCUUCUGUCGAGAAGUGUUCCAGUACAACAGGCCCUGAAAAUCCUCGACGAUGAGACCGCAUGCGACGUCAUCAAGAUCCGCAACCAGGUCCGCAACAAGGAGCGCUUCGUCAAGCGCCGCCAACGUAUCCUCGGACCCGGUGGUUCCACCCUGAAGGCCCUCGAGCUCCUCACCAACACCUACAUCCUGGUGCAGGGUAACACGGUCGCAGUGAUGGGACCCUAUAAGGGGCUAAAGGAAGUGCGCAAAGUCAUCGACGACUGCAUGGCCAACAUCCACCCAAUCUACCACAUCAAGGAGCUCAUGAUCAAGCGCGAGUUGGCCAAGGAUCCUUCCUUGGCGGACCAAUCGUGGGACAGGUUCUUGCCCAACUUCAAGAAGCGCACUUUGUCGAAGCGUCGCACGCCGUUCAAGGUCACGGACAAGACCAAGAAGGUGUAUACUCCUUUCCCGCCGGCACCGGAGAAGAGCAAGGUGGAUCUGCAGAUCGAGUCCGGCGAGUACUUCCUUUCCAAGGAGGCCAAGGACCGGGCGCACAAGGAGGAGGUUAUGGAGAGACAGCGGGUGAAACGCGAGGAGAAGAUGAAGGAGCGCGAGAAGGCGUUCGUGCCGCCAGAGGAGGUCGAGGCGACCGAGAAGGACAAGAAGGCCAAGAAGGAGAAGAAGGAGAAGAAGAAGCGGAAGCGCGACUCCGAGGCUGCGGAUUUGGAGGGGGAUGUCGAUGCCUCGGACAGGAAGGAGAAGAAAAAGAAGAAGAAGAAGAGCAAGUCAGAGGAGGCGUCCGACGGAGAGGCUUGAUCUGGCCGUCCUCUUCAUUUCCUUGGGUUUUGCUCUGUGGUUUCUUUUCCUCUUGUCAAAGGAUUUCCCCUUCGUGUGGACUUCCGUAAUCAGGCGCUUAGGCAUAGCAUGGGCUGGAGUUAUAUGUUUCUUGUCUCCCUUCGCCUCCUGUCAUCCAGGACGGAAGGGAAUAUAAAAAGCCGAAUUGAAUGAAUGAUUCAAGUGAGCCUGCAUCGGCCUAUGUUUUUCUGUCGCCUACGAAAACAAAUAAGACUUAGUAAACUGGGUU